ACUGUAUACAUACGUAACAUGUAGUGUCCUGACAGAAACGAAAGUCUUUCGUAAGGAAGAAGAAUAUUUCUAGCCGCUCAGAUCUAUGAUUGUAGUGAAAGAAUAGGCUAGGGACAGCAGGGGAGAGCGAGAGAAGCUGAAGAAGAGUCGAUGCUCUGCGCUAAAACCUCUGUCCAUAUAACUCGCAUUGUUGUCUUUCGUCUCCGAACAUUUCUACAAUGCAACGUUUGUAAAUAGAGCAGGACGCACCGCGGUACCGUGGCAGUUGCAGAGCUGCGUUGUACUGUUUUCCGAAUUCCAGGAGACUUUCUCACGUCCAGCGGCUCAGUGGCCGUGUGAAAUAGUAUAAUUCUCUGGCCCGAAUCUGCCCCGCCAUGGGGCUGUGCAUGUGCGAUACGUCUCUCUUUCAACUCGCACUCAUUGGAUGAUUGGUAGCGUGCUCUGCGUUGACAAUUAAAAAAAAGAAGUUUGUAUCCUGCUUCUAUUCGGCCGUCCACACCCUCACACGGCGACUUCACCGUGGCCUCUAACGACCUGGAACACGGCGGUGGAUAUAUCCAGGUACUAGUAUCAACAGGGAGUUUAUGCGUAUGUCCUAGCGCCCUACUAGCACUAGUAGCUCACCUGCUAUACGUCUGCCAUCCCAACUGACCAUCUGUACAUGGUUGAACUGACCUAGAACUACCUGCACUGCUCCAUACCUACUGUAGUCUGUAUCCUGCUGCUAGCGCUACAAGUACAAGUAACGACUGCUAAGUGUGACCAUGCAUCGAUUGGAGAUGCGGUGGGUCGUGGAGAAUGGCUGAUCGUGUGUGCGCCAUCAUGGUGUUCUAGUCGCUCGUGGAUUUCGCUCACCCAGUGUGCUUGAUGAGGGAACAUGGAUGUGUCAUGACACUAGAGGUUUUGCAGAAGCUACAGCAUGGAUGCUGGUAACCCGUUUUACUCGGAAACGUUCAUCUGUGACAUUCAGCCAUGGCUGAAUGAAGUGCCUGCGGAGAGACUGCGCAAUGCGGCCAUACAGGCUCACCUCAUCAAGGAUCGCAUUACGAUUGACACACUGAAACGGACUCAGGCCAACAGUGAUCACAACGAAGAGCUUGUCAAAUCAAUCGUCGCUGGAGGCCGGGAUGCUUACCAGAAGCUGUGUAAUGUCGUCAAGACGCUGGGCUAUGAUGGCAGGCAUGAGCAAAUGGUUCAACUUCUUCGGCGGCCGGGUCCUCAGCUGGAUGCAGCUACUUCGACGCAAACCUGCCCGCGACCCAUGGCGUCCGACGAGCAGAAGCUGCCAGCUUCUGUCCGAACUGCCCGUGAUUUGCUGGCUAAGGCAGUUGAGAAGGCUGGUAUUCAGAUUAGCGGUGGACUUGCCAGCGAUGCCAAAAUCCCAUUGAAAGAUAUUUUUGUCAACUUGACGUUGCUGACAAAGGAGGAACUUUCCGAACUUUUCAGUAACGAGUCAUCGUCCUUUUCGUCUGGUUCUGAACGAGCACGCCAGUUGAAAUUGUUCUCCGAGGCUCAGCCGCAAAGGGUCGCUACGGCCGAGCGUGGCAUUGAACUGGAAGAUAUUUUCUCCGCUACCAGCGAGCGGUCUUGCAAUCAGGGGGCCGCGCCACGCCCGGGCUGUGACCAUGAGGUAGCUGAUUCUGGUUUACUGGAGCCGCGUGCCAAGAAACCCGUGGAAGAAAACAUGAAGAAUGUACUAGCGUUUGGUAGCGCUGGCUGUGGCAAAUCCACGAUCUUUCUGAUCAUGCUGGAAUACCUCUGGUCUAAAGGUGAGCUGUGGCGUGGAAAGUUUGAUCUGGUACUGGCAGUGGAAUUACGGCUUGCCGAGGUGCAAGCUGCUACGAACUUGUGCGACUUGCUGGCACGUCGAUUCUCCAGUCUGGAUGUGAAGACAGAAGAGGUAGAGGAGAUGUCCGAGUUCUUUCGCAGCAACAAGUCCCGUCUUUGCAUUGUGCUAGACGGGCUGGAUGAGUGCAAGUUGGACAACUGCAGUGAAUACAUGCGUGAUCUACUGUUGAGAAGGCGUAGUGGUGAUAUGCAUGUGGUGGUGACGUCUCGACCAUGUACUGAUGCUCAUACCCUGUCGCAAUGUGGAGAGUAUCAACAGCAAGUGGAGGUGGUUGGAUUCUCACCAGACAACGUUGAAUUGUACGUGAAGAAAGUGGUGGGCGGUGUGAAAGGCGAGGCUAUGCUGAAGCAGCUCCGCUCACAAGAGGGCACAAUGUCGCUAAUGUGUACACCUCUGUUUGCUGCGCUGGCUUGUGAAUUGUUCAUGGACGACAGAGACGGUAGUAAAUUGCCGGAAUCCAGUACAGGACUGUACGAGUCGCUUGUUCGCCGUGUCAUGGAACGACAUGCGGGUAAACGCUACAAGACGCUUUCCGCCAUCAAGACGGACGAGGUAGAAGUGCUGAAGGAGCUAUCUGGUUUUGCACUAUCUAUGCUAGCUCAGCAAAAGAUGGUGUUCAACGAGGAGGAUGUCAUUUCUGCACAACUAAGCGCGCCUGCAAUUGAAUUAGGAUUGCUGAUGGCUUACAAGAGCACCAGCUCAACAGAAGACCGGCAAUAUCGAUUUGCUCACUUGUCCUUUCAGGAGUUCUUGGCGGCCUGGUACGUGUCUAGCGAGAUGCUGAACGACGAGAAGGACGCUGCAUGGCUGGUGAGGAGAGUCGGCCAUUACAGCGGUCACAUGACCAUGUUCUGGCGUUUCCUGAUCGCGCUCACACCGCCAAAUCCCGCAGUCGCCAUCAUGGAGCAUCUGUGGCGGAUAAUCUGCGACGACGAUCGUACACAACGUGCAUGCAGCCAGACUGAUACACGCCUGCUCGACGACAUUGUGAGCCGUUCUCAGCCAACCAAGCAAAGCAACGACGUGGACCGUAUCCAUGCGGUGCUGAAAUCGGCGCUGUCAGUUGAAAAGAUGAAAGAUCUCGCCGAUCAGCUGCUGGUUGGCACCGCCGGGCAAGGACGUGGUCGUCAGCGUGUCGACAAUGCUCUGCCACGAGGCAGGGAGUUGACGGAUGACUUGUACCUGGAUACUCUUGUAAGCGUAUGGAAGAACGAGGCAGCGGAGGCGAGUGCAGAGGUGUUCCUGUCGGCUGUACGUAAAGUGGAUCCCGCGACCGCAUCGCAUUGUGAGCAGCAUGCGAUGACAAGCGCAAAAUCGGAGAUAUCGACACCAUCGUCACCUGGAGCUGCCCCGGCUCCUACUACUGCUUCUAUACGGCCUCCUGCGCUUGUAGAGGGAGAACGCCGUUGCCUAGCUGAUUUGUUAGUAGCUUAUCUAGAGCACUGCCAGUAUCAAGGUCCGUCAUCUUGUAAUGGCCAUUGUUCAUUCUUCUCUCAGGUCUUUUCUCUGAAUUAUAGUCUUGUGCAACUCAGCCUGUUAGAUUGCACUGCCAUUGCUCAUUUCCUCACAACCCAUUCUUGUGUGGACGUGCAGGAAGUGUGCCUUUAUGGUUGUGGCUUACCCAGCACUGCUAUGCGCUGCAUUCUUAAUGGCUUGGCACGCUACACACAUGUACGUGUGCUCUAUUUGAUUCGGAAUGACUGUACCGAUGGUAAUGUCUUUUCAUCAGCCAUUUUGUCCGCAUCGUCCAGCCUGGAGGAUGUGGAUUUAGAUGAGAAUAAAGUCGGCAUUGACGGCUUUGCAUUGAUCUGCCAAGCGCUGAGUUCAUGUAGGAAGUUGCGGAAUGUUUCACUUUCCCGGUUAUGCACUGGUGAGUACGGUGCUGAUGUGCCGCUCACGUCCAUUCUGGAAAUUCUCCAUUCUAACAGGAACCUGGAAGUACUGGAUGUCCUAGGAUAUACCUUCACGUAUGGUCCUAGAUCGGAGGAACGACGUGUACUAGCCCAGUUCGUACAGGCUGUUCGCCAGUGUAGCAAGCUUAGGAUACUCUACUUUUCUCCAGAGUAUGGGGAUAAUAGCAGGUUGGUGUCCGAGCUACAGCCGCUGGUAGAUGAUCCUGAAUGUGCUCUCGAGCCUCAUGGACAGAUCUGAUUUGUUACUAUGACAAUGUACAGUUGCCAUGGUUAUAGCCAGCACCAGCCCUUGCAUAUAUUCUCUCUGGCGGUGAUCACUGAGUCUGUGUUCUUUUCUUGUACAAAACUUGAUUUUUCAGCCGCUACAGUUAACUACUUGCCUAUAACGGGGCAGUGCAAAGCCCAUUUUCCUCUUGCCCAGGCAAAACACUGAGUUGACCGUAUGCGCUUUCCUUGCCAGUGGUGCCUGUCUAUAGCAGAUAAUUUUCAAAAACUUUUCAAUCUUUUCUCAAUUCUUGAGCGCUGCCAUGCUGAUAACACUGCCUGCAAUAAAAAAAUAUUAUUUUGAGUGUCUUGUACUGACACGAUGUUUUCACUCCAUUUCCUUGUCUCUUCUGUGUUUCCUGAAUUACACUGACAGUUGGCUGUGUGCAGUGCACCGGUAUGCA